CUGAGACACGGGCAAUACAGUACCUGAAUCACAAGACCGAUAGCAUAGAAAGAUGCCGCCAUCCACAGGUAGCCUCCCUCCCAAAGAGGCAGCCAUUGCAGUUCUGCAGACCGGACUGGAGCACCUCUCAGAGGAUCAAGUCACCACAUUCAUCAAGAACGUCUACGGCGCUCUCCUGUUAUCUUCCGGCGGCCUCUUCUCCAUUCUCCUCGGAGGAGGCGUCCAAGAUCUGUCUCCAGACAAUGCUGGUGUCGAGCGGUUGUUGCACGGCGUCGCUUUUCCCUUCGGUCUCGUUCUGGUCUAUCUCGUUGGAGCUGAGCUCUUCACAGGCUAUCCAAUGUGGCACACCAUCUUAGCUUUGGAACGGAGAGGCAGGCCAUUGGACUACGUGAAAGGUGCGAUAGCUUCUUGGCUGGGGAACUUAGCAGGCGCGCUCAUAUUCGCGAGUCUGUUUACAACUGUUACCGAGGCUUUGGAGGAGAGCCCAUGGCAUCACUCAAUUGUUGAGCAGAUUGAAACCGACAUUAUCAAUCCUGCUUGGCACGUUCUAUUCGUUCGGGCUAUUGCUUGCGGUUGGCUUGUCACGAUGGCCAUGUUCUUGGGAACCCAGAACCAGGACGGAAUCAGCAAGCUGCUGUUCUUACACUUCCCUUUCAUGAUUUCGGCAACUGCGAGGUUUCCUCACACGGUCGAAUACAUGUACCUGUCGAGCGUCGGGAUGAUGUUAGGCUCGCCACUGAGUGUGGGAGGCUUUCUGUGGAAAUGCCUGCUGCCACUGACGCUUGGCAAUAUUGUGGGCGGCGGAUUCUUCACAGGUGCAUACUUGUGGUUCAUGUACGUGAGGAAGGCAAGCAUGAAGGAGAAGUAUGGCGAUGAUGCAUUUGGCGAUGGAGAAGAGGCGCCGCUCUUGAAUGGACAUUGAUUGUUGAGACGGCACAGUUUUAACGGUGCAGCCGUUCCAGGGCUUCCUGCCCCAAAAGGGCAU